UGGGUCAUUUUAAAACUGUCAGAAAACGGGUGACAGUUAUUGUUAAUGUCGUGUGAGGGCGUUGUUUGACUUCAGAGUAAGUAACGCUAAAUCAUAAGAUUACUCAAAUCUGAUAUUGUAUCCCGAACUAUUUUACUCAUUCAGUGGUAGGGCAAACUAGUUUUUCGGGUUUUUUUUCGGUCAAACUGCAAUAAAUUAUGGUCGGAAAUUAGCUAGCAAGCGACAGUAAAUUUAACGGUAGCUAGCAUGAACAGCAGGUAUCUUACUCCCCACGAAUGAGGUCACAUAAUGGACUAAGUUAGAUGUCAAACAUAAGUUUUCUAGAAAUAGUUUGACCUCAUGUGCAAGACAACAUAAAGCAUCUAAGACAGCAGAGCCUGAGUGGCAGUAACGCAUAAAGGGAUCUUUCUCGGAAGGAAGAAUGGCACCGAGUCAGGACACACAGUUGGAGAAAGUCAUUGAUGAGGUGUUCAAGAGUGGGGACGUCCAAGCACUGGAUGUAUUCUUACAAAGGGACAUAUAUGAAGGGACCCCUGUAAAAUGUUCCAAGCAGUUUCUCACAAAAUUGGAUAAACUUAUCAGCAGGAGUUUGGACCAAAAAGAUUUCAAAUCAGCCAGUUUGGGUCUCGCCAUCAUCUACAAGUGUGGGAAAUAUCUGAAAGUACCUGGUGGUGGUCAAGGGCUGUCAGAAAUAAUAGCUCAAGGCUUGAUCAAAAAGAUGGUACAGUGGUUUGAGAAAUGCAGGCAACUGUGGAUCCAGCGCGGCCCACAGUGGGAUGAGACCUUGUUCAACCUUUCUGAGGACUUCUUUGAAGCCUUAAUGGUGGUUCAUGAAGCAUGCAAAAAGGGAACGUAUGAAAUUACUGAGUCCUUCCUGUAUCCUGUUGGUCAGUUGGUAGUAGACCCCAGAAUCUACAUCCUUAUACAAAAAGAGGCGAUUCGUAAAUUUAACGUAAUUCUGGACAAAAUCCCGAUGGAGCUUAAGAAAGAGAGGAAGAUCCGAACAUCACAGGAGACCUCAGAUAUCAUGAUCAAGCUGGCUGGUCAGAUAUUGGAGGGCGGAGAUUACGACUUGCAGACAGCCCUGAUGGAGGCAUUGUGCAGAAUGGCGAGUCCUGAGCAGAGGAAGGAGUUGGCGGAUCGUUGGUUCAGCAUGCAGCAUGUGGCCAGUGCCUUUGUCAAGAUCCGCGAUUCUGAGUUUGAGACUGAUUGUCGCAAGUUUCUGAACUUGGUGAAUGGGAUGCAGGGAGACAGGAGGAGAGUGUAUUCCUACCCUUGUUUGGAGGCUUAUCUUGACAAGCAUGAGCUGCUGAUGCCCGCUGAUGAGAAGCUGGAAGAAUUCUGGAUUGAUUUCAACCUUGGCAGCCACAGCAUCUCCUUUUACUUUACUUUGGCUGAUGAAGAGGCACAGGAGGGCCAGUGGGAAACGAUAUGUAUACAUGAGAAUGAAGUCCAAAGCUACACUGUUACAGAGAAGGGCAAGAGGCGAGUCUUGCAGUUAAGUCUGUCAGAAGUGGUGGUCGUGGGUGCGGUGGAAGGAUCAAGUCUUACCAUCUACUUCAGCUCCUCUCUGGACAUCCUACAGGCUGCUCGUAGCGUCUAUGGACACAGCAAAAACAAAGUAGGCUUUGUAGGAAAGACCAGCACAUCUGUAGUGAAGACUACAGUCAAAAUUUUAAUGGAGGAGAACAACUCCCAGGUUGUUCCAGAAAGCCAGGUGUCCCUUGGUGAAAGUGAGAAAAAUACUGCCCCCUACGUUUUACCUGCCCUGCCUGCACCUGUACAGAUCCAGACCCCAGCCAAGAUGAGGAUUUCAGAGUCCACCACCUUCAUCAGCAGCAGCAGUGCAGGAGGAAGUGUGCAUCGUGCCAGUUCCCUGUCUGCUGUCAUGUCAUCAACCGUGGGUAAAGGGAAACCAUCUCUGGAGAUGGUUCAUUCAUGUGAUAGGCAGAGCAAAGUUUACUUGGGAGAACUAAGGACAACUGCUAAGACCUGCAGUCAUGGCACAACACCUGGCAGCACAAAAGCAGGCGGCAUGAUAGAGCAGUCUGAUUUGUCUCAACAGAGCACAGCUUCCAAACAGGCCGUCAAGAAUACAGUCGGUAAACACAAAAAGAACAUACCAGUGACAAGAGCAGUAGAUAUGGUUCUAGCUGGACAGGGAGAAGAACAGUCUCUGGAGAAUGGUUUUGUGCCUGACACGCAACCCAGAACUGAGAGAAACAUAUCUUCUAAGUGGAGCAAACUGUCAAUUUCUGAAAUGUUAAUGAUGCCUACACAGAAAAUGAAUUCUCUGCCAAGAACUGAUUCCCCUUCAAGUUUGGCACAACAGCCAGAACGCCCAGCUUCUGCACAGAGAUUGUCUGUUCCAGGCUCAGGCCCAAUCAAACAAAAGGAACUCCAUAUCAAACUCACCCAGCGCCUGCAAGAGGUCCUCAAUGAGAGGAACCAAAAUCCUGCACCUCAGGAGUCAGCUGCAGUUCAGAGAAAAAUGUGUGAUAUCAGAGAGGACUCUAAAGGCAGAAGCUCUGCAGACCGGUGUGGUUCCACAUUGUAUACUUCCAAAGAGCAGCAGGCCCGGAGAAAUGGCCUGGCCAAAAGGAAGAGCAAAGGCCGGAUGUCACUAGAGGCAGAUGCUGAUGCAGUCAAAGCUCCAGUUAAGGCCUCCACAACCAAAGCUCUGCAGGAGAGAACACCAAAUGUGAAGGUUAAAACUAACAGUGGCCUCUCAAGGAAAGAGAAGAGAGAUGCAGAGGCUGCAGACAGCAUGGUGAAGCUCAUCUCUAGCCGUUAUGAGAUUAACACUCAAUCCACAUCAAAACCUACAGCAGAAAAUAUCCCUCAAUGCUGGAUUCCUCCAUUUGUCAACAGGCCGAUCUUUAAUAUGAACUGGCAACCAACUGCUAAAAGAGAAGACUUUGGAUCUGUGAGCUUAAUGAGAUCUCAUAGCAAAACCACAACAAAGUCUACGAGGCAGAGACAAGAUAUUUUUGCAUUCAACAUUGAUGCCCCAUUGAGUAUUGGGGGAAAGGACAAAACCCUCACUAACACCUCUGCCAUAUGGAGCAGUGAGAUCCAUGACUCCUCAAUAUCCCUCACCACAACCAAGACAGGACAACCUGUGGCAAAAGAAAAGAGGUAUGUGAAGAAGCACCUGUUCAGUGACACAGACACAGACUAUAACGUGACAGAGGUCAGCUGGUUGAGGGAGUCAAGUAGGAAACCCAAACCCAAAGUUACCAAAUACUCUAGGCCGGUGCCCGUCAAGCCUAAAGCUCUGUCACCUCAUACUUCAUAUGAAUCCCCAGAUUUACCCCCGCCCUCUCCAAAACCUGUAAAGGGCAAUACCAAACCCAAUAAGAAAAAGCUUGAUGUGAAGAAAGCAGCAGAGCAGCCAAAGUCAGUGAAGCCAGCAGCAGCACCCGGCAGACAACAUGCAGCAGGCAGGAGGUCCCAGAGAGCUGCAGCCACCAUAGCCAAGAGCUACAGAGAGCCAGACACUGAUGACAGCCAGUCAGAAUCAGAGAAGCGUCUGGCUCCCAAGUACUCCUCCACUGAUCAGCUGGAAAAAACUGAGAAAACCCAUGAGACUGCUCAGGUGAGGAAGAAAAAGACUGGCAGUAAACAACCAACCAAGAGCCAUAUGAAGCCAGGGAGCAGCCAUCAUAGCAGCCAGCCAGAGUCCGAAUCUGUGUCAGAGCAGCCACCUAUUUCCAAGAAAUAUUUUGUAGGCCAGCAGGGGAAAAGUGAGAAGACCUGUCAACAGGUUCCAGUGGUAAAGAAGAGAAAAAAUACCUCCUCUGAGCAAACUGUAGAUACCUAUAGGAGACCGGACCGCAACAACCAGUCAGAUUUUAAAAAGCCAUCUGGUCUCAAGCAGCAGAGGCCAGAGAAUGUUCUUCAAGAAACUACAAAGUUAAAUAAGACAAAUGUCAUCCCUGCUCAAGAACAGAAGAAUGCAUUGGAGGAGUCCUGGGCUGCCCGCCAGGCGUCUUUCUCUCCGUCUCCUCCUUUUAUCGAGAGGAUGAGAUCUGCUGAGAGGUCAGCCCCAACCUUGGCUUUGACCAUCUCCCCUCUCCUCACCCCGCGGGGAUCCCCACUCCCUGCCUCCCCCGACCCCCCCAGCCAGGACACCCCCUCGCCAUUCCUGCUGCUACCCAAACCUCGCUUGACAGUCAGCAGUAAAGGAAACUUCAAGCCCUCGUUCUACGGAGCAGAAAAGAAGCGCAGGACAUCCAAGACUCAGUCCAUCCAGUCUUUCUCCCCUCUCCCUUCACUGACCUCCAGAGGUCAAACCCCUGCAGCCGGUCCUCCCACUGGACCAAGUGCAGCGGAGACAAGUCCAGUCCAGCAGCGCCUAUUCUCAGCACCUCGAUCUCCUUUGUCUCUGUCCACUUGUCCCCUGCUGACGUCCACAUUCAAUGAGCUGGACAAGCCGUCACUGCCCUCUCCUCCUCAGUCACCGUUCCCUGAAGACACCGUCAACCAUGGCCGCCAUCAUGAUUUCAAUGAAGUAUCUCCAGUGUCUCGGGUGUCACUGAGCCAGUCAUCAGUACUCAGUAUUAGAGUUAAGGACAGCACCACUGCUAGCCUGGCAGUGUCUCAGAAAACAGAGAAAACACCACCUUCAGAACGAGACCUAAAACCUGCACAGCUUCAUGUCUCAGGACCCAGUCGCAAGCGCCACAUCUCUUUGUCCAGUAACUCUGAGGAAGAUGAGAGGGAAGAUAGGAAGAAAAGCAAGAUGAGAGGGCAGCGUUCUCCUCGGAUGAGACCAAGGAAGUUGUUCAAGUCCUUUGCUGAGGUGUCUACUGAAGGUGAAGUGAGCCAAGUGAUGUCUUCUUCCCACACGGUGAGCUCCAGUCACUGGGAGGCUGAAGUGGCAGAGGGAGACAUGGACAUGGAUGAGGAUCUGGAAUUUCCAGAAAUGGCCUUAAACCCAAAUAACCUGUGCCAGCAAUUCAGCUCUGAGCUGAAGAACAAGUUCCAGAACCGUUCUAAGAUGAUGGAGGUUUACAACAAGCAGUCUUUGAAGACUGUCCAGCAACAUGUCUCUUCCCUCAACAUGCAAGUUACCAAAUACAGGACUCAGAGACUUGAACAGGUACAGAAGGUCCUCUUGGAGGAGAUCCACAAACUGGAGCAGGAUGACACUACACUGAAAAACAUGGAGAAAGACCUGACUAUGUACUGGAAAAAGCAGAUCAUGGCGUUCCAUUCUUACCAGGAGCAGGAAACCAGGAGAAACGAGACCCUGAAGAAAACUCUCCAGAGUAACGUGUGUCACAGCUUGGAGUACGAGGAAAGAAUAUUCACAUCCCAGAUGCGCCUGAUAAGAAAAGACAUGAAGUCAGUUCAGGACAGACUCCUCGGCGAGAUGCAAGAAGGGGAGUUGAAGAGUGUGAAGAGAGGUCUGCAUGCUUUGUUUUUCCCUGAUGGAGCCAGGUUUUGAGUUGAACACAGUCCUGCUAAAGGUCUCUACACACUAAACAAGGUUGUGUAGUACAUCACACCAUGCACACUGUGCUGUGUACUUUCAUUAACAUUUAAUUAACAUUGUUUCCUUGAAGUUGAGAUUUCCAGGUUCUGCUUUUAGCAUCUUUCUUUAGUAUCUGUAUGUGUUUAUUUUUUUCUGACCUGGAUGUGUUGCUGUUACAUGUUUAUUUUUAUGAGAAAUGUUAUAAUAUUCUAAUAUUAAUUAUUUUAUGAGAUUUAUAAAUUCAAUGGAUUUUAGUGUUCUUUGAAAGUAAGUACAGGUAAUGAGCUUUUUCCAUGUCUUUAAUUGUGUUGGCUCUAUGAUUUUUUUUAAUACAAAUUGCUGAUUUAUUUAUGUAGGUUAGAGAAGAACUGAAAAUGGCAAACUAAAGAUUGAAAAUGUUCACUUUA